AUGUUUAAUUUUUCCUUCCCUUUCCUUUUCGGUCGGAGCAACGCUCAGCCAACGCCCAAUAACGCUCAGCCAGGUGCUCUCCAAAAUAUUUCGGAUAACUCGAACAUACCAAGCGCUCCAGCCAACUCAAUGGAAACAUUCCCAUCUGCAGGAUCAAGCUUCCAUUGUUAUGAACCGACUUAUCAACAACAAUCCGUUCCUGCCAUCGCUCCAGUUGUAAACACUCCGUUUUUCAACCGAUUCCUCCCCGUAUCUUCAUUCGGAUUCAACAGCUUCUUUUCAACUGGUCCGCAACUGACAAACUUCCGUUUUGAUGUAGCGCAAGCCGAAACAACAACUCAAGCCAUCGCUCUAACACCGCCUGCAACAAUGUUUCCUUCCUUUGGACACGUCGAUGAUUCGAAUCAAGCAUUUCUUGAUCCCACAUCCUCACAAUUAAGUUCUCACAAAACUAAUGAUCUACAACGACAGUUGACGACUCAAAAAACUAUGCCAGAUUUCGAAACAACUUCUGCAAAAAGAGGAGCCUCUUCACCAAAUGAGUCUUCAAAGCCGAAAAAACAACGAUUUUCUUCUGAGGAAGAUGGAGAGUGGGGAGUUCCUGGAAAUUCAGAAACAACACAUGCGAUUCAGAAGUUUUCUAAUGCAAAUGUAUUUCCGCCCGUUAUUGUGAAAGAAGAGCCGUUGGAAAUGGAGCAAGUAGAUGCUCGAGAAACUUGCACUCCAGAAAUGAAGAAACAAUUGCCUAUGAUGUCGCGUUCAAAAUCGAGCACUAGACAGAUUGCAACGCCAAACAACGAAUAUGACCUGACCAUGAAAGAAGUCAAACGAGAACUGGUCGAGGAAAAACCCACAGUCAACACUCUCAUUGAACGAGAAAUUAACACCUACACAGUGACCUUACUGCCGAAACAAGAGAUAUCACAGCAAGCAAAAUCUCAGCAAUUCAUGGAAGAGAAUUUCGGUAUCGUUGUUGAACCAGAUCAAGAGAUGGAGAGCUUGAUUUUGCUAACGGAGCCAUUAUCGGGAGAGGAACCAGAAAUGCUGGUAGAAGCAAUCGAACCAAGCCAGCAAAUGCCAUUGGAGGACCUCGCUGAACCAACGAAUGCCUCGUCGCUAUCAGAUCCAUCAAAUCCCGAGGAGCCGACAGUGCCAAGUUUGGAAAACCAGGAUGACCCGUGUGCGCUGUCGAGAUGGUGUAUAUGCAGUCUCUUUUUCAGCAAAUUCUUUGGCUGGACAGUCACUGAAUGGGUUCAGUGCAAGAAAUGUGAAAGUUGGUUUCAUGUUUGUUGUGUCCAAAUGGACAACGGCCAGUACUCGAACAAGACAUUUGUAUGUUGUGGAAAACGUCCCACGAAAGACGUAAGCGUCGGACUCCUGGCAUUCGUUCACUCCACUAAUGCCUUCGGAGUGAUAGAGUUCAUCGUCACAUCUCCAGAAGCUAAUUAUCUGAAAGUGACCGUUUGCGCCCAGUUUGAGUGUUCGAGUCCCGAUGAAUUGAGUGAGAUUUAUGCAAUUCCUGCAGAACGUUAUCGUAUUCAUUCCCACACUGUUGACUAA